ACCAAAAUAGAUUUAUAAGCACACAAUUUAAACGCCGCUUGAACAAAUAAACAAAGGUGCAAACGGAAGAUAGUUGAUAGACAACAAUAUUCAAUUCUGCAUUGGCGUUGGUUUUACUUUUAACUUUCCCUGGAGUUAACAAAAUCAUGUCGUAACAGGAACAGGAGUAAAAGUCAACUUUGGUUUAAACUAAAUUUCACAUAAAAAUUCAAUAUUUGCGUUUGCAUAAGUAACACAAGAGCAUGUCGCUGGCAUCCAAAGUCACAUUGGGUUUGGCGAUUGGCGUCUCAAGUGCGAUUAUAGGUUAUGUACACUAUAAACAGUCCGACGACCGUUUCAAGCUUCAUCAGGGCGUACUGCGCGACGUGGAGCAACAACAAAGACGCAAGCAUGAGAACCGGUAUACUCUACAGCAACAGAUUGACAUAACCAAACAGCUGAAAGCAGCGAUGGAAGUAGAUGCGAAUGAGGAAUCAAAAAGAAAUACAGCAAAUGCAGUUACUCCAAAUGCAUGAGUUUAAUGAAAUGGAAGAACCACUAAAGCAGAUGCAGUUACUCCAGAUGUAUAACACAUAGAAUGGACGAAUAAGCAGAUGCAGUUACUCCAAAUGUAUAACACUUAGUUGUAGUGCUUAAAAGCGCAUCAAAUUGUUAUCGUUUUUACCUAGUCGAGUUUGUAUAUAAAAUUGUCUAUUUAGAAUUGCUUUACUGUACAUGUGUCUUUUUUUGAGACCUUUAAGAAAAUAAUAUGAAUAUUCUUUAUAUUGAUCUUUAUAAUAAACAUUCGUUGACUGCAUCAGUUGAUUCCA